CAUUCCCACCACACCCUUUCUCUUAUAUUGAGAGAAAAAUGAUAGUCUAAUGAAAAUAUAGAUGAAUUUAAUUGUUGAAUUGUGUGCAAAAGACAAGUUAAGCUCAACUACAUAUUGGCAAGAGCCCCACUUCUCUGUCUCUCCCCUUCCUCCCUCCUUCCUUUCUCUCUCUCUCUCUCUCUCCACUGCUUCCUGAUCUUCUUAUCCCUCUCCCAAACAGUUUGCUACUAUCCAUAGAACUCAGAAACUGAUUCAGAUCUUUGUGGUCUUUAUGGACACCCAAUUACACCACCAAAAGAUGAGAGAAAAAGUGGAGGAGAAGCAAAGUGAAGCCAAGCAAGCAAAUCAACUCACUGCAGCAGCCUCACCACCUUCAACUUCUUCCUCUCCUUCACAUGAAUUCUCCUUCACAAUCUCCCUCCACCCAACCACCACCGCCACAACCUCCCCGGCCGAUAAGGCAAGGACCGCCCCUCCUUCAAUCGCCAUCGACUUAUCUCCGGCGGAUGACAUUUUCUUCCACGGCCACUUGCUCCCUCUCCACCUACUCUCCCACCUCCCCGUCUCUCCUCGCUCCUCCACCAAUUCACUGGACAGUUUUACCCUUCCCAUUCGAGAACUCAUAGAAGACCAACACCAAAACCCAAACAAAAUCACCACGAACAACAUCAACAGUAACACCGAUAACUUUCAUCAUCAAACCAUCAAUAGUAGUAGUACUCAUGAAACCAAGGCGAGAACCAAGUCCAAGUCAUUCUCUUUCUUCGGGCUAUCGAAAUGGCGAAAAGGGUGUGAGGUUAGAGACACAGAGAAGCCCAAGAAGAAGAUUAAGCUGAGGUUUGAUGUAAGUCAUGUUUUAAAGAGGUAUAUAAGGAUGGUAAGGCCACUCUUGUCCUUCAGAGGCGGGAGGAGAUCAGAAAAUGUACAGUUUUACCGCCAACCUUAUUCGUUUUCGGGUAAUUUAAGCAGCUUGAGAGGGAAACAAGAGUUGAGAGGAAGGAGGAGAGGGGAGCUGGUCUCAGCACCGGCGUCGAUGAGGACUUCUCCGACGAAUAGUGGCCUCCUUGUUGCAACUGAAACCAUUAACAGUAGCUCUACAAGCAAUAGCACCAUGGAAGAAUUGCAGGCUGCAAUUCAAGCUGCAAUUGCUCACUGCAAGAACUCCAUUUCAGUGGAAGAGAAAGUCAAAUGCUGAGAAAAUGUCAAUUUUUCAUAUUUUACUACAGUCCAUUUUCUACAUAUUACUUUUCUGUGUAUAAAAUAUGUGUAUAUAGUUUUAUGAAAUGUGUAUGAAUUUGAAGAUGGGUUUUCAACAAAUGCUUAUGUGCAUGUGUGUA